AUGGUUGCAAAAGGCACCUUGUUGCCGUGCCGGACUGGCGAGUCGCUGGGACUUUUUUUCUGGGGCAUGGAUUACUCGAUUGGGUGCGUCGUGCAUCGCAACUUGAAGCCGGCGCGAAUCCAAGCGCGAGUCCCGUGCUGGUGGAGAGGGCAAGAGGAGGAGAAAGCCAUCGACGGUCCAGUCAGCGUCCUGCAGGCCAAUGACACCACCGCAGCAGGACUUUUGAUCCUGGGCGCGGAGGUCGAUAAGCGGACGUAUUAA